AUGUCUGGCGUCAAAGCCUACAAUGGAGAUGGGCCUGAAGCAACGCUCGCGAACCACGUCGCGAGCCUGCAAGCCAAAGAACCUCUGAAGGAGGGCGAUGGCGGAACGUUCGGGAGAAGACCUCCAAAGGAGGAUGUGGACGAUGGAAUGGAUGGUGGCGAUGUCACUGGAGAUGGGUCUGAAGCGACGCUCGUGAACCACAUCACGAGCCUGCAAGCCAAAAAAAACCUCUGA